AUGCAACAAGUUUUGUCUCGUGCUCGUGGCAUUCAUGCACCCUAUGGUCGUCUUUUUUCCUCACUUAAUGGAUAUGUACAAGAUACAAUCAUACCGACCUAUCAUUUUCAAAAGAGUCUAUUACGUCUUCCCAUUCCAAAACUAGAAGAUUCAAUUCAGCGUUAUCUAUUGGCCGUUGAACCUCUCGUAACACCUCAAGCGUUUCAUGAGACAAAAGAUGCUGUAUUUGAGUUUCAACACGGGGUAGGUAAAGACUUACAACAGGCAUUGAUUACUCGUGAUAUGGCAAAUGCGCAUACGUCAUAUAUUAAUCAAUGGUGGCUUGAAAUGUAUCUCACGGAUCGUCAACCGCUACCAAUUAAUUACAAUCCACAAAUUCAAUUGAAAAUGGAUAUAGUACCUGCUAAAAAUACACCUAGUCAACGUGCUACGUCAUUGAUUGCGUCAACUGUCCGUAUCUUUCGAACCUUACGUGAUGGUAAACUUGAACCAGAUGUUUUUCAUACAAAACCGGCUCUAAGUAGAACCACAUGUUUUCAGUACAUUUGUAAAUUCUUACCAGAACGUGUUAGUUUUUAUGGAGCGGCAGCAUUUGGUGCGUAUCCAUUGGAUAUGUCACAGUAUCAACAUUUAUUCGCAAGCACGAGAGUCCCACGAAUUGGACAGGAUGAAUUACAAGUAGCAACGACCUUACCCAAGCAUGUUGUUGUCCAGCGAGGAACCAAGUUUUAUACAUUUGAUGUAUUGACGCAGGAAGGAAAAGCAGUCGCAGAUGAAGAGAUUUUAGCGAAUGUGGAAGCAAUUUUAGCACAACCAUUGACAACGAGCACGUUCAAUGCACCAGGGAUGGGACUCAUGACGACCAUGAAUCGUGAUACCUGGGCCAAUGCACGUCAAAAGCUAGAAGCAAGUAGUGCUGUGAACAAAGCGUCGCUGGAACAGAUUGACAGCGCACUAUUUAUCGUGUGUCUUGAACAUGAAGCCCCCGUGACACCAGAAGAAACGAAUCGCACCUUUUUGAUUGGAGAUGGUAGUAAUCGGUGGUUUGACAAGAGUUUUCAGCUUAUAAUUGCUGCUAAUGGCGUGGCUUCCGUGAACUUUGAACACGCGUGGGGAGAUGGAGUCGCCAUUUUGCGCUACCUGAAUGAGUUGUACAAUGACAGUAUCAAGUAUCCGGUGUUGAAAUCAAGAGGUCAAGCAAAGCCCCGUGAACUUCCAUGGGAUAGUAGCGGUGAGACAAACAAGUUACUGAACGAGGCCAAGAAGGCAUACGAUAAGUGGACGUCGAGUUUGUUGGUUGCGUGUGCGGAGACUCCAGUCACACGCGCUGUUGGCAAGCAAUAUAAUAUUGGAACGGACGGACUCAUGCAAAUGACCAUUCAACUAGCACACUAUAAAUUGCACCAGAAGUUUGUGGCCACUUAUGAGAGUGCUAGUACCGCAGCGUUUAAGCACGGACGUACCGAGACUGUGCGCAGUUGCACGAAUGAGGCCGUGGACUUUGUUUGCACGAUGGUGGAUGCCUCUGCGUCAAAUACUGACAAGGCUAAUGCCUUGCGCGUCGCCGUGACGAAGCACGGUGAGCUGACCAAGAAUGGCGUGAUGGGGCAAGGUUUUGAUCGCCACCUCUUUGCAUUGCGAGCCAUGGCAGAGCUAGAAGGUAUUAACGUGCCGAAAUUCUAUACACUACCAGCCCACCAGAUUCUGAACAAGAUCAUCCUAUCAACCAGUACGCUAUCAAGCCCAGCCCUUGAAGGUGGUAGCUUCGGACCUGUCAAUGAGGACUGCUAUGGCAUUGGCUACGGGAUUGAAAAAGAGGGCUCAACGUUUCAGCUGUCCAGCUAUCGCAAAGACCUUCCUCAGCUAAAGGAACUGUUGGUUGAAAGCAUUACCGACUUGGAGUGUUUGCUAGCAGAUACGACGCCCAAAAAAAUAAAGCGAGUGGAUCACAGGAACCAGUCGAUUGAAGCACAACAGCUAUUGCCGAGGCACAGUCAGGAGAACAAGACUUCGGUCUUUUGGUUUCCCGAUGCAAUAUACUACACACGACGGGUCAUCAUGUAUAUCAUAGCGACUGACAGAGGAGUGGCGUCCUUGCAAUAUCUCAACAUUAAAACAAAAACUCUUACCUACUUGUUUUCGAGAAAUCGUCAAUUACGUGUACUGCAUUUUUUUCUUGUUGACUCAACGAAUAUUGUCGGCGAUAUGUGA